AUGAGUUGGCCAAAAACCUAUGGUUCAAUUUACGGUUUUUACCAGUUUACAAAACCCAUUCUGACCAUCAACGAGCCGGAACUUGCAAAGGAAAUUAUCGUCAAGAACUUUUCUUCGUUUAUCAAUCGAGAGAAAAACAGCUUUGAUCACGAAUACUUCAAUUCAAAUCUCUUUAGCUCAAAUGAUGAAGUAUGGCGCCGAGUUCGCAGCAUUACCAGCCCGUCCUUCACCUCAGGCAAGCUCAAGUUGAUGCACGGAAUUAUGGAACAGUGCGUGAAAAAGCUGGAGCGGUACCUCAAGAAAGACAUUGCUGCAAAUGGAGGCGUGAUCAAUUUGAAAGAAUCAAUCACUGGUUUUACCAUUGACGUGAUAGCUCAAACUUCUUUCGGUGCUGAAACAAGCGCCGACGAUGAGACGGAAGUUCAAGAAACCGCAUUUGCAAAUACGUCUACGAAGAAAACUUUGCAAACAAACGAAAUUAUUGCCCAGUGUAUUAUUUUCUUUUUAGCUGGGUUUGAGACGACAGCUACCACCACUAGCAUGGUGGCCUACUUUUUGGCACUAAAUCCGCAUGUUCAGGAUCGGCUGCACAGCGAGCUGACUAGUGAGCUUGAUGGCCUUGAUCCUACUUCCGAAGAGUACUUUAACAAGGUGACCACAAAACUGCCAUACCUGGAUGCAGUCAUCAAAGAGACACUGCGGCGUAACCCACCACUGCCACGACUCAAGCGACACUGCAACGUCGACGACUACAAACUGGGCGAUACGGGCAUUCACAUUGAAAGGGACUCUGAAGUGCACAUUGGAAUCUAUUCCAUUCAACACAAUCCAAAGUACUUUCCAGAUCCCGAGACAUUCAAUCCUGACCGCUUUAUGCCAGAGAACAAGCACCUGCUGGUUCCGUACAGUUGGCUUCCUUUUGGCGCUGGUCCACGAAACUGCAUUGGGAUGCGUUUUGCUUACCAGGAAAUCAAGCUAUGUUUGGCAACCAUUGUGAGAAAGUUUCGCUUUGAACGAGCACCUUCAACACCAGUACCCAUCUUCUUCAACACAUUUGAACUUUUGACAACGCCAAACAUUGAGCUGAAGAUUAGUGUUCGAUGA